CAAAGUCAAAAUAUUGCAAAAGAAAGUUUAUUGUUUUCAUUUCAUUUCAAUAAAUUCAUAUCAUUUAUUAUGAAUUGAAUAAAAUAUAGGAGUUUAUCAAAAGUAUUAAUGAAAACUGUUAACUGAAUAGUGCACUAAGUUCCCAGAUAUUUUGUGAAUACUGAAAAUCCCACAAUGUCCGAUGACGAAGUCAUACGGUUCGAAAUCACCGAUUAUGAUUUGGACAACGAGUUCAAUCCCAAUAGAAGCCGAAGAGCUAAGAAAGAACAGCAAAUUUAUGGAGUAUGGGCUAAGGAUAGUGAUGAAGAUGACAAUGAGGACAAUAUUAGACAAAGGACUCGAAAGCCCAAGGACUUCUCAGCGCCAAUCGGAUUUGUUGCUGGCGGAGUUCAGCAGGCAGGAAAAAAGAAGGAAGAGAAAAAAGAACUGCAACCGUCUGAAGCCUCCACAUCCAGACCGGCCUUAGCUGCUGACAGCUCUGAUGAAGACGAGAAACCGACCAACCCUGCGGAGAGCGAGACAGCAGGGAUCCGGAGAGUGGGUCAGGGCAUGAGGCCGGCAAACUUUGGAGGGAACAUGGGCAAUUGGGAAAAACAUACUAAGGGUAUUGGAGCCAAGUUGCUGCUACAGAUGGGUUACCAACCAGGCAAGGGUCUCGGCAAAGACCUCCAAGGUAUAUCGGCACCAGUAGAAGCUACUCUCAGAAAGGGGAGAGGAGCUAUCGGUGCUUAUGGACCAGAAAAAUCUACACAAAAGGCGAAGAAAGAACAAGAGAAACGUUUAAAAGAGAAGGAGGAACAAGAGAAGGGCAUGUCAGAGAAGUCAUACAACUGGAAGAAGUCGCACAAAGGCCGGUACUUCUACAGGGACGCUGCUGACGUCAUACAAGAAGGGAAGCCUUCUAUGCAUACGGUUACUACAAAUGAACUGUCCCGCGUGCCCGUGAUAGACAUGACGGGCAAGGAGAAGCGCGUGCUGAGCGGCUAUCACGCGCUGCGCGCCGCCGCGCCGCGCUUCGAGCACGAGCCGCGCCGCCACUGCCGCCACUUCACUGCGCCGGCGCUCGUUCACAACUUGCAGGUGGUCGUCGAUUCUUGUGAACAGGACAUAAUCCAAAACGCCAGGGAACUUCAAACGGCAGAAGACGAAAUCGUUGUAUUGGAAAGAGAUUUGGAAGAGUUCAAUGUGAAAUUGAAGGAGCAUGAUGACGUCAUAGAGAAAGUGCAGUCAAUAUUGCAAAGAGUCGAGGCGCUUGAUAAGCCUGAUCUAUCUUUAGAGGACGCAUAUGAAGUAUUGGCUGAAUUGAAGGAAUUAUACCCCCUCGAAUAUGAAAUGUUUGGUCUGGGCACUAUAGCGGGUACAAUAGUCAGUCCACUGCUGAGCGCAUUACUUGCCCCGUGGGACCCGCUCACCGCGCCCGACGACCCAGUGCCAGUGUUUAGUAAAUGGCGCAAGUUGCUGACAGAAGAAGCGUAUAACAGUUUGCUGUGGCAACAUUUAGUGCCUCAUCUUAAUACAGCCGUAGAAGCGUGGAACCCCCGCUCGCCGGCGCCGCUGCUGCGCGCGCUGUCGCGCUGGGCGGGCGCGGCGCCGCGCUGGCUGCUGGCGGCGUGGAGCGCCCGCCACGUCACGCCGCGCCUGCUGGCCGCCGUGCGCGCCUGGGACCCCACCCGCGACACCGUGCCGCUGCACACGUGGCUGCUGCCGUGGCAUCCGCACAAUGGUGAAUCCCUGGCCCGGAGCGUGUACCCUGCGGUUCGAAGCCGCCUCGCCACUGCUCUGUCCGCGUGGCACCCCGCCGACGGCUCCGCUAGGCCUUUGCUGGCGGCCUGGAAGGAGGCCUGGGGCUCCACACUGACGGCCUUGCUGCACCAGCAUAUAGUGCCCAAACUGGAGCAUUGUUUGCAAAUGGCGCCUUUGGAGCUGGUGGGAAGGGAAAAUGCCGCGUGGCUGUGGUGCGUGGACUGGCUGGAGCUGCUGGGCGCGCCCACGGUGGCGGCCAUAGCUGCGCGCGCGCUGCUGCCCAGGUGGCUGGCGGCGCUGGCCGCGUGGCUCAACACCAAUCCCACGCACGCGACUGUGCUCAACUCCUAUACGGACUUUAAGAAAAUGUUCCCGGAAGAAGUGCUAAAAGAGCCGGCGGUUCGGGACGCGUUCAGGAAAGCCCUAGACAUGAUGAACAGGAGCACAGACAUCGAGACAGUAGAACCGCCGCCUCCGCCGCGAUUCACCGUCACGGAGACUAAAGAAACAUCUAGAAUCGCGGAUGUACUAGCUUCUACGACGUCACAGAAGAGUUUCUCAGAACUGUUGGAGUCUAGAUGUGUUGAAAAGGGGAUAACGUUUGUCCCGAUAGCGGGCAAGAACAGGGAAGGCAGGCCGUUGUACAAAAUUGGUGAUAUGCAGUGUUACGUUAUAAGGAAUGUGAUUAUGUAUUCCGAAGACGGUAGGACUUUUAGCCCGAUCAGUAUUGAGAGGUUGUUGAACAUGGUCGAAGAUUGAGUUGACUCGGAGAUGUUUUUCUUUAUGUAUAAGUUGUUAGUGUGUUUGUUCCUUAGUCAACUGUUUUAUAUGUAUAGGUACAGGAAGAGAAAGAGUGGUUUUAUUCGAUUGUCGGAAAUACAGGAGUUUGGAGAAAGAUUAAAUGUUAACGACUUAUUUA